GAGAAAAAAGGAGCAAGUUUUAUUCUUUGCUUUGCAGCAACCAUUUCUUUUUCUAAAUUGUAUCAUUUUUCACCGUUUACUUGGUUUUUUAUUAAUUUCAAUUGUGAAAAAUUACGUGAAAUUCGAAGAAUUCAAAUUGAUAUCGCCAUCCGGUCGAUGAAGUGAAAAAUAGGUGAUGAAAGAAAAUAGGACAGGGUGUGUGAAAUAACCAAGAAAAUGUCCAAAAAAUAAACAUUUUUCGAUUGAUUUUUAUCGAAAAUGCGGAAAAAUGUUAAAAAUGUAUACAAUACCAUUGAAUUUUAUUCGUUUUGCGUCUUUGAAUUGAGACAAUGAAUUCGUAAUGUGAAAAAUCGAUUUGUGCCAUUUUUCGCCAUUUAUUGUUGUUGUUGUCGUCGUCGUCGUCAUCAUCACCAUCGUCGUUUGACACAAUUUUUAUCGAUUUGUGCAGCGCAAAAGCAUCGUAAACUAUUUUAGUUCGUUGAAUCCCAUUGAGAAAGUAUAAAAGUCAAGUGCGUAUGCACUUUUUCCCCUGACACACAAAAUCACCGAAACAAAUUCAACCAGAGAAAAAAUAUAUACAUCAUGGCUGCAACAACAACAACUGACAUUCGAUUACGACCAUUGCCAUACUUAAAUAGUAAAUGGUUACGUGCCGAUUUAUUACAGGCACUGCGUUCGCCAGAGAAUUUGUCAAUUUUAUGGAAUAAUUUAAUCAAAGACAAUGAAUUGUAUUGUGAUAGCAGUGGUUCGAAUAGCAACAGCAACGGAACCUUUAAAUUGGAAGCAAUUAAUUCAGCUGGAAAUGUUUCAUACGCACUUCCGUCAAAUCGACGAUAUUAUUGUGGCGUCGAAAAAUUAACAUGCAGUUGUUGCAGCGGUUAUUGUCGACCCGAUCCGAAUUGUUGCAACUGCAUGUCAUGUCGUGUACUUGAUGGCAGUGCCGGCGAAUCAUCAAAACGCUCCACUGACAAUGCAGACGAAACUGAAAAAAUUCCAGCAUCCGAUUCCAUUCUCGAUUCGUGGCUUUGGUGCCAAACACCAAGUGAACGCGACAAAAAAUUAUGUAUAAAAGCUCUGUUAUCGGAACAACGUGAGUUAUCACUGCAAGCGGCUGGUCAUUCACUGACAGCCGUUCAUUUGAAACAAAGAAUUUUUGUGUACCAUCGAUAUUUGGUGGCGUUGGCUCGUUCACAAAAAUCAUCACCCACAAUUAAGAAUCCAAUCACUUCACUGCGUAAACAGGCUAUACAAAAUGAACACAUUAAAAAAUUGGAACUACAGAAAUCCCAAAGUACAGAGCAACAUAUUUUAAAUAUUCAACAGCAAAAAGCGAGCGCAUCAAUUGAAAAAGCCACUUUUGGCUUGGCACGCGUUGGUACACGGGCUGCGUUAAAUUUUUCAUUCGCAUUUUUACGUCGAGCAUGGCGUUCGGGUGAAGAUACAGAAUUGUGCAGUGAACUAUUGUCUGAAGCGUUAGACGCUAUGCAAAGUCUUCCAGAAGCCUCACUAUUUGAUUCAACACAAGUGUCCACGUUGUGGCUCGAAGUGCUCGAACGAUCCACGAAAUUCCUACGUCAAGUGGUAAACAAUGAUUUAAUGCUAAGCGGUUCAGUGCCGCGAACAGAUCGACACAUAGCAUUGAGCCUAUUGCUUGAGCUCGAAUCACAAAAGGGCACACUAAGCGCAUCGCUCGAAUCAAUUUUACUAUUGAUGACAUUGUGGGAGAAAGAAAAAGAUACCGAUGACAAUCGAACGCAACAAUUUUCACAGAACAGCGGUGCACCACUUAUACCAAUUUUACGACGAUUUGAAGCCAUACAAUUUAAUAAUCAGGAUAUUGUUACCAAUACAAAUGAAGGGUCCAUCGCACCAACGGAAUCGUUUUUAAGAUUCCUUAAAUUACCCGAUCAAGAAACCGCAAAUAUUGAACUAAAACAAGCGGCCGUUGUGAUAAUGAGCCAUCUGGAUCGAUUGGCAAAGCCACAUUUACCGGCUUCAAAUUAUGUGACAAAACAAACCAUUCAAAAUUCAGCAACACCACAGUUAUUCACCUACGGCAUGAUUUUUUCGAAUAACGAUAAUUUCGGGUUUCUUUCCGAUCCAAUAAAUAGUGAUUUACCCGUUUUUGGUGAAGCAUCAAGUGGUUUACAACCACAUUUAGACACUUUGCUGGAUUCAGUGCAAAAAACGAUAACAAUUGAUAGUGUGGUGUGUAGUGAAAAACAUAUGCUUCUUUUAAGCACUGAUGGAGAAGUAUUUGCAAUCAAUACAAGCGAUUAUGUGAUCAACGAAUCAACGCCAAUGGUUAAAAAACCAAAUGAAUCGCAUGCAUUCAAGAAAAUCGAAGGAUUUGGCAAUUCACGUGUUUUAAAGUUGGCCGCUCAUUACGAAGGAAAUCAUUUUCUCGCGUUGAAUGCGGAACAUCAUGUUUUUGCGUGGGGCGAAAAUGGAAACGGAAGACUCGGAUUAAGUGAUACACAAUCACGGGAUGAACCAACGAAAGUUACAGCAUUGGCCAAUAAAUUCAUUUCGAAAAUCUAUUGCGGAUCGGCAUACAGUGCUGUUUUAACGAUAUCAGGUGAUCUCUAUACAUUUGGUCGUGGAUAUUUGGGCUGUCUCGGUCAUGGCAAUUCGGAAGAUAAACUCGAACCGACUUUAGUACAAGCAUUAAAAGAUCACACAAUAGUCGAUGUAGCGCUCGGUACAGGCGAUGCACAUACAUUAUGUGUCACCGAUGUUGGCUUGGUAUUUGCGUUCGGUGACGGCGACUAUGGUAAACUGGGAAAUGGAUCGUGCGUCGGUUGCGCUUUGCCAAUUCAAAUCGAUGGAUUGCCCAUGAUAUCGAAAGUAUUCAUUGGCAAUCAAUUUAGCGUAGCAUUAUCGUACGAUGGACGAAUUUUUUCGUGGGGCAAACGUUAUGGGGGACGGUUGGGUCAUAGCACCACUGACUAUGGUCAAAAUGCCAAAAUUGCAGCUGCCAUAAAAACGAUUGAAGGUCCAGCCGAAUACUGCUAUAUACCAAAGAAGGUGUGCGCUCUUGAAGGAAAACAAAUCAUCGACAUUGCAGUAGGCUCAUCACAUUGUAUGGCACUGAGUAGCAAUAAUGAAUUAUUUGGAUGGGGCAGAAAUGAUUUUCAACAAAUUUGUCAUCAUUCGGUGUGUCGAGAUCCAAUAAUUGCAACACCAAUUCUAACAACACCGCCAUCGGUACGAAUCAGUGGCAUUGCUUGCGGUUCUACCUAUACUAUACUCUAUUGUAAUUCAUCUGUUAUUCGAAUUGAAACAAGAGUGCCGUAUGUUGUCGAUUUGAAUGAGUCAACUUUUAAAUUUUUGGAACAACUACUUACGAUGGUUUGUACAAAUGGUGGCACAUCUGAAGCAACACGUCAUCCACCGUCACAAGAAUUUGAAUGUAUUGCUGUCGGUUGCUUGAACUUGUUGCGUUUGCAAUUUUAUUCACUUAUUUCGAACGGAAUAGCACCGAAAUCAAUUGGUUUGGCAGAAGGCAGUCGAUUGUUGGUAAAUUUAAAAACGCGUGUUCUACAAUUGGCUGGCGGUUCGAAUAUUUUAAAAACAAUUCAAGAUUCGGCACAACGUGCUCUUCAGAUUGGGUGGAGCAUUCUGCUACCGUCGGCAACAGAACGUGCACAAACUCUUACAUCGUUACUACCAUCCGAACCAAGUAUAUCGACAUCGGGCCAUCGAUUCAUGACCGAUUUAUUAGUCAAUUCACUGAUGGCCGACGAAGGUUUACAAACAGCAUUGAAACAAGCAAUCAAUACUGAACCGGAAGAAUGUUUGAAUAAUAGUCAAAAUUUGCCAUUACUUCAUUUGAUAAAGCAAUUGUUACGUAAUAAUUCAGCAUUGACAAAUGCACGUCUUUCGCAAUUGCUCGUCGCUGGACCAGCAUAUUACAAAACCGAUGACGUACUCUCAAAAACACCAGAACAAUUAUCACCAAGUCUUGAUCUAUUACAUCGUUUUCAGCGACUACUAUUGGCUCACAUUCAUCAAUCAACCAAUGGCGAUGAUUGCAAUGGUGCCGAAUCACUUUUGGGAAAAUACGUUCAAAGUGUUGUCACAUUUUGUAUAACCACAUUAUCGAAAGCACACGAAGUCGUUUCAAAUUCCAAAGAAACAAACAUUUCGGAAAUUCUGUCGGCUGACAUUAGCGAUACAUUACUGUAUGAAUUAUUGAUUGGACUUGUACUACUGCAUCGUGAUAAAAACGGAAUAAUUUUACAAUCGAUCGAUUGGAAUAAUACAUUCGUGCCGUUAUUGGGCAUUUUGAAUGAACUGAAUCAAUUGGUAUGCGAAUCAGAAAUACAAGACAAUGAUAGUUUGGGAUGGCCAGGCAUCAUUUGUCGUGGCUCAUCGAAAACAUCACAGUGCAACGAAGAAUCAACAUUGAUUCGACAAUCCGAUUUGGAAAAUCAUAUCGCCGACAAUGGCAAAUGGAUUGUUAUGAAUGGAUUUGUUUAUGACCUUGAAGAUUAUCAAUCUGACUGUCCCAUUAUAAAUGCCAUGUUGAUGAAUAACAUUGGAAAGGAUGUAUCAAGUGAAAUGAAUAAUCCACAAUAUCGACCUGUAUUGGAUUACAUUUCGGCACACUUGAAAGUUGGAAAAUUCUCCUGCAAUGACAACGAAGAAAAGAGCACAACGCAUCAAACUUUAGUCCUGACGCAUCUUGAUUCGGAGCGAACAUUAUCAUUUCUACUUGGACUUCGAGCGACUUUAUUGCAAAAAGCAUUAAAUCUUCAACCGGCCGAAGUUCAAUGCAAAAAUCUUUUAAAUUCACCGAUAUUUAGUGGUGGCUUGCAAAAUUGUUUGCAGCCAUCAAAUCCCUUUGAUGAAGAAAAAGGUGAAGCUCGUAGCAGUACAUCGACCGCUGGAAGUACACCAACUGAAUCUAGUCAUGUAAAUCUUACCGAAUUUUCGCAACCAAUUCACUGGCCAAACACGCUUAUAUCUCAUCGCGUUGAUUCAUUGCUAAAUGGUCUGGGCGAAGGUCGACUAACCGAUCCGUUAGUUUCAACAUGGAUCUCAAUAGCUGAACGAUUUUGCAAAGAGAAUAAUUUAAUUUGGCAUCAAGACUUUCCACCGGAGCAUCCCAUUUCUGAAUUGGAGCGAUUGUUAACAGCCAUUUUCAUUCGCCAUCAAAGUUUGGGAGCAUUGGUUUUAGCUGUUAUUGAUUGUGAACUAAGCAGUAAUACGAUCAUGGAUAAACUGCCAACACCAGUCGCCGAAAUCAUAAAAUUAGUGCAUCAAACAAAAUGGACAUUGAUUAAAACGCGACAACAAUUGAAUCGCAGUUACAAAGAAGUGUGCGCAUCAAUGAUCGAUAAAUGUCGAUUUUUGUUGUACGAAGUUCGACCGGCGAUUAGUAUGGAACAGUGUGCAUUUAAUCGCUUAAAAAUCUUACAUCGAACACCGCGUUUCAAGGCAUUUGUUCAUAAAAUCAUUGUCGAAAUGCGUCAAUCGAAAAAGACUCUCGAAUGUGCCGCAAAAUUGGAGGAUAUUUUAAACGUAACCAUUCAAAGUCAAACGGCAUCGUUUACUACAUGCACCAAAGUGCAAUCGGUGGAAAAUUUAAGUGGAUCGAUUCAUGUCGAAAAAACCCAUUCGGAUUCAAGUGAAAAUGUGAAAAUUAUUGAUGGCAUCAUUGACGAUGAUCCACAAAAUGAUGUGAUUGGCGAUGAAAAAUUGUUGAAAGACACAAAUACGGUUGAUUUGAUUAUUGAGAAAAAACCAACCUCAACCAUCGAAGAAAAUAACGAUGAAACGGUAAAAUUGGCCACAAAUGAAAUGGAAAAUAAUGCAACCGCACCAAGGAAACAUAUAACUAAAUCACAAAAUGCCAGCGAACAAAGUGAAGAACAAUUUAUCAAUAAUGUGAUUUCAAAAUUAAGUGAAAAGUGUAUUGUAACUAAGUUAGCCGAUGAAAGUCAAUCGAAUGUUAUUGAUGUUGCGAAAACUAUGUCGUUGAUCGUUGAUUUUGUACUUCAAGAUUCGUGCGAUGUGGAAACACUGCGUCGUGCCAUGUACUGCCAAGUUCAACGAUACAAACUUCGAAAGCAAGGCAUUGAAAUGUUUUCACAAUUACUUCGUGUGACCGACACAUUGGAUGCCGUUCAAUAUAGCAUGCUCAGCGGAUAUUUGGGACUGUUUCUUGAUCGAAGCAAACAACAUUUCUUGGAUAAUGUACUUUGUGAUCUAAAUAUGAUUAGCAGCUUUCAGAAAGUCGACAUGAUAGUGGCUCAAGCGAAAAUCAUUGAAUGGGCCAUUUGUGAACUACAGCGAUUCGUAAAUCAAGAUCAAAUUUUUACAAAACAAAAAUGCCAUCCGAUCGCAUUGGGAAAAGAUAGGUCGAAUGUAUUUUUGAAAAAAUUGCCCAGAGCACGGUUUUUACUCAGCGUAUUCGGAGUGUUAUCGAAAAAUAUUGGACCAAAUGAAAUUAGUUUAGUCGUUAACGCCGGCGCAUUGGGGAGUAUUCUAAGCUUAUUACGACAAACCGGCACUGAAAAUGCACCCGGCAAACCGAUGAAUGAAUUAUCGUAUGUUUAUGAGGAUGCCAUUGUUAAGAAAUGUAACAAAGCAAAUCUAACCGGUCCCGAAUUAACGAAACUCAUGAAAAUUGGAACGCGUGUUGUACGAGGACAAGAUUGGAAAUGGGGCGAGCAAGAUGGUCCAUCUGGUUCAGGUGAAGGACGCAUUAUUAGCGAAGUUGGCGAUGAUGGAUGGGUUCGUGUCGAAUGGGAUAAUGGAACAACAAAUUCAUAUCGCAUGGGAAAAGAAGGUCAAUACGACUUAAAAUUGGCCGACUGUGUUUCAUCAUCAAUUAUAUCGCCCGAUACCGAAACCGAAGAUGAAACGUCAUCAGCUGAAGGUCAUCAUUUGACGGGCAGUUCGCAUCCAACAAAACUUCUAAAAAAUGCCAGCAUGAAAAUGUUGAAAAUGAUAUCUGUCAGCAUUGCAUUGUACGGUGAUCAAAUCGAACACUGUGCAUUAGCAAAUGUUAGUUCAAUGUUUCGAAUGUUGCUCGCAUCAAAAUCCGGCAUUUCAAAUAUGGGCUUACAAUCAUGGACGAUGUUGGGAUUUUUAAAAGCCAUAGCUCAACCAAAACAAAUGUCCAAAUUACUAACUACACCAACGUGGCUAAAUUUGUGCAUUGAUAUUCUCAACAGUUCCAUAACCGAUGAAAUGGAUGUGUAUAAAAAGCUGCAUUCUAUUCGAUUACUUCAUGCCACAUUAAUUCAUUGGGAUGAUAAUGAAAGUCACAUGGUGGAUAAAUUCAUUGAAAAGUUGUUCGAAUGCUUGGGAAGAAUUGUUCUAUUUUGUCCAAAUGAUCUAUCAAUUCUGCAUGGAUCUGUCGAUGUGAAAUCUCGUGUUCUGCUAAGCUCAUCCAAUUCCAGUACAAUAGCCGAAGAAUUGGUGUCAUUGCUUCGAAAAUUACACACUUUACCUACAUGGAAUAAUGCGAUAAGUUCAUACCUCAGUCAGAAAUUGUGUAUUGCAGCGGAAUUCUUUUCGGAAAGUACAGACGAACAACACGGACGUCAAUCGAUUGUUCGUCACUCAACGGCCGAGUCGGAGAAAGCCUACGUAUUGGCCGCUUUAGUGACGAUUGGUGGUUGUGAUCCAAGACCGAGAGUUGGAAUGGAAAUUGUAAAUAGUGGCAAUGAUGGAACCAUCACUGCUUUUACAACAAAAGGAAAAGCAAUUAUUAGCAACAGCAUUUCCGAUUCGAACAUUUUUACCGAAAAGAAAAAAGUUUCGAUCGCAACAGCUGCGUCAUGUGCAAAUUCGACAUCGUUUAACAUGAAUCGUUUGCCAUUAAAUGAAAUGCUCUUGAAUUCGCUCACCGUUUUAUUGUAUGGUCCAGGUGAAUGGAAGCCAUAUUUGAAAGGAAGCAUCGAUGUGAAUUUACUUCGAAUGCAGCAAAUUCAAUUGGCCACACUGAAUGCAAUGGGAGUUUUAUUCAAAAAUCAAUCAUCAUUGCGAAAAAUUCUGAGACAACGUGUACCAGGCGUAUCCAGAUAUUCGUCCGAAGAAAGUUUAAACGAACAAGAAUCUAAGAUGGAUGUCAAUGUGCCAACUAAGGUUGAAAUGUCAUGCGACGAUAAAAAUACCACACCAGAACCAACACAACGUCACAUUUGUUCGAACAUUUCACAAAAUUCCGGUCAUAAUGAGCAUCAUCUAAAUGAAGACGAUUCGGAUGAUUUUAAAUCAAGAAUUUCGAACGAAUUGCUAUUGCAGAAUAUAUUGGCUCGUGCCAUUCAGAGUAAUCCAUUGAAAUCGAUUUAUUCGUACGAAGAACUUUCAAUGGCCGCUUUGAAUUUAUCUCAACAAUUGGCAAAUCAUUUGUAUAUGGAAAAUAGUGUUCCAUAUUUUUCAGCUGUUGCCGGUUCAUCGAAAAUGACCAAGCCAACGUUGCCACCGCUGCAACCGACAUUAAUUCAUGGCAUACCGUUUUACAAUGAUGCGUUCUUGGACGAUAUGCAGUCACCGAUGAGUGAUCAAACUGGUAAUUUAGCCACUGGCGGCGCAUCAAGACGAAGUUCGGCCAAUGCCCGUCGACCACUUUCUUCGGAUGAAAUAAACAUCAAUUUGGUCAUGCGAAUGGGAUUCAGUCGCCGCACUGUUGAAAUAGCCAUUCGAACAUUAAAGCAACAAGAGAUUGCACCGGUGGUGGGUCGUAUUGUUGAAUGGAUUAUUGAGCAUCCGGAUGAAUGUGCCAUGACAAAUUCCCAAGAUUUGCGACUCACCGAGACUAAUGAUUCUGAAACCGAAUCGAUGUCGGACGCAAUUGAAGCACUUUCAUUGAAUGAAACCAGCUUGACUAAUGAACGAAAAUACGCAACACGUGAUGAAUUCGAAAGUAAUUUAGAUCAAUAUGCAACGUAUAUUCGUAGUAUUGUUGCGCCUGGUAUGCUUGUCCGUUGUUGUGAAGAUUUCGAAGAGAUUCGUAAAGGUGAUAUUGGUACGGUUGAAAAAGUCGAACCGGAAGCAUUACAUGACUUGAAUGUUUAUGUUGAUUGGAAAAUCUAUGGUAAUCUGUAUUGGAUGCGUUUUGUGCAUAUUGAAUUGCUUGAACCAUCGUCGACAACAUCAAAUGAACAACAGUACGGUUUAUCAAGUGUUGAAUCGACCACUAUUAUGGUUGGUUCGCAUGUUCGAAUUCGUCAAAAUGUGUCAACGCCUCGUUAUCGUUGGGGAUCCGUUACAAAUGGCAGCAUUGGUGUGGUUACAUCAAUCAAUGAAAAUGGCGAUGUCACCGUCGAUUUUCCACAACAAUUCAAUUGGACGGGAACGGUCAAUGAAAUGGAAUUGGUGUGUCAAGGCAAUCCCGAUGCAAAUGAUUAUUAUCAAAGUGGUGCACACGGUGAGGAUAUACAAUCUGAAGGUGAUUUAAUAGAAGACUGGUCACGAGUUAUUCGUUCGCUUUGCGUGUCGUCAAAUGAAUCGUCUGCCAAAUACUUAUUGGAUCGUUCGAAUAAUUAUUGGCAAAGUUCAAACAUACAAAGUACAUCGUCGGCGUCUGGCAAGCACUGGAUACGCAUUGAAAUGCAUGAAAAUGUGUUGAUACAUUCGCUUGCAAUUACAGUGAAUGGAUCAGAUUGUUCUCAUAUGCCAUCGUUGAUUGUUGUUCGUGCCGGUGACACAGUGGACUCUUUGAAAGAUUACAGCUGGGUAUCAAUCAAACCGUCCGAUACAAAUGUUCAACUUUUAUCAGAUUUGCGUCAAUAUUACAAAUGGAUUGAAAUUGUUAUCAAACAAUGUCGAAAUAAUGGCAUACAAUGCAAGGUGCAUGGUAUUUGCGUCAUUGGUCGUCGAAAACAAACGGAUCUCGAUCUGAUGCUAACAAAUGCAGCGUUCCUUGCAUCCGAUAAUAUAAUCAACUGUGAACCAAGCUCAUCUACUUCAUACACUGGUCCCGAUGAACGCAAUAUUGUCGAUCAAACUCAGUGCAAAGUAUUCGUUUGGGGUUUAAAUGAUAAAGAGCAGCUUGGCGGACUGAAAGGUUCCAAAGUAAAGUGUGCAACAUUUUCAUCGACACUGACACAAUUAAAACCCAUACACAUUGCUGGCGGUUCAAAAACAUUAUUCAUUGUAUCACAUGAGGGCCGUGUGUACGGGUGCGGAGAAGGAACAAAUGGUAGACUUGGCCUUGGUCACAAUUACAAUGUUUCAACACCACGAAAACUGCCAAUAUUGAGCCAGUACGUUGUGAAAAAAGUCGCUGUACAUUCGGGCGGGAAGCAUGCGAUGGCAUUGACUUUAGACGGACGAGUAUUUUCAUGGGGUGAAGGUGAAGAUGGUAAACUUGGCCACAAUAAUCGAAUAACUUUAGAUAAACCAAAAUUGAUCGAAGCAUUGCGUUCGAAACGUAUUCGAGAUAUUGCGUGUGGUUCGUCUCAUUCUGCGGCGAUCACUGCAUCUGGAGAGCUAUAUUGCUGGGGUUUGGGAGAGUAUGGACGAUUAGGACAUGGUGAUAAUUUGACACAGUUGAAACCUAAACUUGUGCAAGCAUUGCUCGGACGUAGAGUUGUUCAAGUCGCUUGUGGCAGCAGAGAUGCACAAACAUUAGCCCUGACUGAAGAUGGCGUUGUAUUCUCAUGGGGUGACGGCGAUUUUGGCAAGCUUGGUAGAGGUGGAUCAGAAGGCUGUUUCAUUCCACAACCAAUCGAAAGACUAAGCGAUGUUGGUGUUAUUCAAAUCGAAUGUGGUGCUCAAUUCAGUUUGGCACUUACGAAAUCUGGAGAAAUUUGGACAUGGGGAAAAGGAGACUAUUUUAGAUUGGGACACGGAAGCGAUCAGCAUUUGAGAAAACCCACACCGAUACAUUCAUUACGCGGUAAAAAGGUGGUACACGUUGCUGUUGGUGCUUUACAUUGUCUUGCCGUUACUGAUACUGGAGAGGUGUUGGCUUGGGGCGAUAACGAUCAUGGGCAGCAAGCGUCGGGCACAACGAUUGUCAAUAAAAAACCAUGCCCAGUUAUUGGAUUGGAUACAUUUGUGAAUCGUGUCGCAUGUGGUAGUUCGCAUUCGGUAGCUUGGAGUCUACCGCAGUGUUCAUCUGAAGAAAACAAGCGCGAACCGGUACCAUUCUCCUCGUCAAAAGAUCCACUUGGUAGUAAUGGAUUGGGAAUCUACGACUCAGAAAAGGCAUUCGCUGCAAAAUCAAAGCCACAAAGUCGUUCAUCUCUAUCGGAAGUUUUACUUUCGCUUGAAUCGUAUGGUGCAAGACAAGCAGCAUUAGGUUAUGUAUUGAAUGCGAUGAGUAUAAUACAAGCUCGUCAAUGUUUAAUAGCUGCUCUUUCAAGUCACACACAAAUAAAUGGUUGCAGUGAAAAGAUUGCAGCCGACAGUGACGAGUAUUUCAAGGAUUUGGAGAAUUUACGUGAUCACGGUACCGCUGAAGAUGGUCAAGCCUUGGAAACGAUUGCAAAUGGUGGCGGUGAAGGGCCUGCCGAUCAACAAACUGCGUGUAAUGAUCUUUUAACACCGGAUUUAAGUAUUCACGAAGCGAUGCCAUCGUCAUUGUCAAUUAUACCUGCGAUUGCCGGACCAUUGUCUGCAUUUCAAAGUUUAAAUCAAUCAUUAAACGGUUCAAUAUCAUUGUCUGCAUCGAUUUCAAGUUGCAAUAAUGCUGCACAACGUUCGAAAAUGUCAGCGAGUGCAAUGUCAGUGAUGGCAGCAACAAUAACACAACCCGAUGAGGUGAUUAAUGAUGAGAAUGUAUCUGGUUUGGACGACUUCACCACACUUUUAGGCGAAACAGAAGCGAAAAAUUUAAUUGAUUUACUUAAAUUGAGUGUAAACGGUCGCACCGAACAAAUUUCAUCCGCACAAACCAUUGCGAAUACAUUAAUUGCAAUGGGAUUGAAUUCACCGCACAUUUGCGUGAUGAUACUUGAAACAUGCAUCACUGAACUGGAAGAUUUGUGUACAUCGCGUAAUUUCUUGGGCAAAAUACCACGGCCAGUGUUGCAAGAAACUUCACAUCCGUACAUUGACAAUAUCACACUGGUCGGACAUGUUAGAAUGCCAAAAGCAGAAGCACUACGAUUGGAAUUCGAUCCAUUGUGUUCGACGGAAAAGCGCAACGAUCCACUCGUUAUUAUGGACGGAGCUGGCAGAGUGAUUGCAACACGAUCGGGACGAGACUUCUCACAAUGGCAACCCGAAAUUCGGAUUCCUGGUGAAGAAAUGCGUUGGAAAUUCUCAAGCGAUUCAAGUGUGAAUGGGUGGGGCUUCAAAUUUUGGGUGCAUGCAAUAAUGCCGCCCGCAUUUCUACAAGAAAAUGGGUCAGAUAGAACGCUUUUGUCGCAGCCAUCAAUGGAUUUGGUAAUUUCAUUGCUCGAUUCAAGCCUUGAGCCACCAAAUCAAAACAUUCUCUUACGUUUGGCAUCCGCACUAUCGACCAGCGCACAAUUGAGCACAUUGACAACCAGUCAACGCAUUUGGGCCAUUCGAAAAAUGCAUAAAUUGUUAAUGUUGAAAUUAGCGCCAAAACCAUUGGAUCCAUUGUUGAAUGUAUUUUUGACGCCGUUAAUCGAUUGCUUAUUGAAGCAAUACGAAUUUGAAGAGUCUAGCGUUCGGUCUGGUGUUCAAUUAAUGCAUUCAGAUUAUUUGAAAACUCUGGCCGCUCUGGCAUGUGAUAUGCAACUCGAUACGCUGCUUGUUAAUUCAGAUAUGCAAAAAUGGUCAUGGUUUAGACGCUAUUGUUCAGCAGUUCGUGUUGCCCAAUCAAUCAUCUAUCGGACACCGUUGCCAAAUGCAUUUUGUGCUGAAGUUCGUAAAAAAAUUGUGGAAAUGACACCGAGCACACCACAGAUUCCACUAGCCAUGGACACGUCAAUUCAGUCAACCGCUAGUAAUGCAUCGUCAAAUGCACAAAUAUCAACGACCUCAGCACCAGCUGCUCUUAAUCCAUCGCUGCUUAAUGCCGGUAUAAAUGCCGAAUCGAUACAUUCGGCCACUUCAAGCGAAGAAAAUCACGAGAUUCCAUUGCCAAUGUACUUAGAUCAUACAGUUUUCAAAGCUCAACACGAUCGACAAUUAUUGCAAUGGUUGAAUAAUCGCCCGGAAGAUUGGUCACUGAGUUGGGGCAGUGGUGCAACUGUCAUUUAUGGAUGGGGACAUAAUCAUCGGGGUCAACUUGGUGGUCUUGAAGGUGGUCGUAUAAAGAGCCCGACACCGUGUGAUUCGCUCAGUAUUUUAAGACCGAUUUGCAUCGCUGGAGGAGAGCAAACACUAUUUCUCGUUACACCAGACGGAAAGCUGUAUGCCACAGGCUAUGGCGCUGGUGGUCGGCUCGGUAUUGGCGGAACAGAUUCAAUGACAUCACCUACUCUAGUGGAGUCAUUGCAACAUGUUUUCAUUAAAAAGGUCGCUGUUAAUUCAGGCGGGAAACAUUGUCUUGCCUUAACAGCCGAUGGUGAUGUUUAUAGCUGGGGCGAAGGAGAAGAAGGAAAAUUGGGGCAUGGUGAUCGUGCUAGCUACGACAAGCCAAAGCUAAUUGAAGCAUUGAGCGGAGUGAGUGUGGUUGAUAUUGCAUGUGGUAGUGCGCAUUCAGCUUGCAUUACGUCUUCAGGCAACCUAUACACCUUUGGCAAAGGAAGAUACGGUCGUUUGGGUCAUGGCGAUUCGGAAGAUCAAGUGAAGCCAAAAAUGGUCGAAGCACUGAUUGGUUAUCGCGUUAUUGAUGUUGCGUGCGGUUCUGGUGAUGCACAAACAUUGUGCAUUACGGAUGAUGACAGUGUUUGGAGUUUUGGAGAUGGCGAUUAUGGUAAACUUGGACGUGGUGGAUCUGAAGGUUGUAAAUAUCCGAUAAAAAUUGACAGUCUUGUUGGUUUGGGUGUGAUUAAAGUUGAAUGCGGCUCACAGUUCUCCAUUGCAUUGACACGUUCUGGCUCCGUUUAUAGCUGGGGAAAAGGUGAUUAUCAACGGUUAGGUCAUGGAUCCGUUGAUCAUGUGCGACGACCAAAGAAGGUGGCCGCAUUGCAAAACAUUAAAAUUGUCUCGAUUGCAACCGGAUCUCUUCACUGUGUAGCGUGUGAUGAUAAGGGUCGAGUUUUUGUGUGGGGGGAUAACGAUGAAGGACAAUUGGGCGAUGGAACUAUUUCAGCCAUACCAAGACCACGUAUUGUGACUUCGCUGCAAGGAAAGUACGUGGUGAAAGUGACAUGUGGUUCAGCACAUACAUUAGCAUUAUCAACGUCUCAAAUUCAUGAUGCAAUGCGCUCUCCGCCCAGUCCACCGCUUGAGUAUGACUUUGUUCGCGAUUUACCACCCGAAUCGCUUUAUGCACGGCUGAUUCUAUUGCAUCAUUUCUCUGAAUUGAUGUGUCCGUGUUUCACUCUACUUCCAAUCGAUGGCGAUGUAUCAUUGGCAGCGCUUAAGGAUGUACUUGUGUACAGUAUCAAAGAAGCGGCAUUCCGAAAAGUUGUUCAAACCACUAUGGUUCGCGACAAACAACACGGGCCUGUUGUUGAAUUGAAUCGCAUUCAAGUGAAAAGAUCACGAAGCAAAGGUGGAUUUGCCGGUUCCGAUGGCAUGAAAAGCGUAUUCGGACAAAUGGUUCAGAAAUUACCAUUGAUAAAUCAAGAAGCUCUUUAUCUACCGCAACGUGUGUGGAAAGUCAAGUUUGUCGGUGAAAGUGUUGACGAUUGCGGAGGUGGUUUCAGUGAAUCAAUAGCCGAAAUGUGCGAUGAAUUACAAAACGGAUGUGUACCACUUUUAAUUCAAACACCAAAUGGACGCGGCGAAGCAGGCGCAAACAGAGAUUGCUUCCUAUUUGAUCCGACAUUAGUUACGGUACUGCAAAUGAAUAUGUUCCGAUUUUUGGGUGUUUUGAUGGGAAUUGCAAUGCGUACCGGUUCACCAUUGAGUUUAAAUUUAGCCGAACCAGUGUGGCGUCAAUUAACCGGCGAACCCCUGCGACCAUCCGACUUAACUGAAGUCGAUCGCGACUAUAUCACCAGUUUGAUUUGCAUACGAGAUAUGGAUGACGAUCAAAAAAUUUUCCACGCACUUGAUUUACCAUUUUCAACGCCAUCUGCCAAAGGCCAUGACUGUCAACUAUCAACAAGAUACACAAAAGUGACACCACAAAAUAAACAAGAAUACGUGCGUUUAGCUUUGAAUUACCGAUUACAUGAAUUUGAUGAACAAGUCAAAGCAGUUCGCGAUGGAAUAUCAAAAGUGGUUCCAGUUCCUUUGCUUUCGCUGUUUUCAGCAUCACAACUUCAGGCAAUGGUUUGUGGAUCACCUGAGAUUCCACUUGGCCUGUUAAAAUCAGUUGCUUCUUACAAGGGAGUCGAUGCUACAUCAUCGCUGGUUCAAUGGUUCUGGGAAGUGAUGGAAGAAUUUUCAAAUCACGAACGUUCAUUAUUCCUGCGUUUUGUUUGGGGCAGAACAAGAUUACCCAGAACAAUCGCCGAUUUUCGUGGCCGAGAUUUUGUUUUACAAGUUUUGGAUAAAUAUCAACCACCCGACCAUUUUCUACCCGAAAGCUAUACUUGCUUCUUUUUACUUAAAAUGCCACGAUAUUCUUGCAAGGCCGUUUUAUUGGAAAAACUAAAGUAUGCCAUUUACUUUUGUAAAAGUAUCGACACGGAUGAGUAUGCACGAGUAGCAAUGGUUGAUCCCACCGAACCGACAGCCAGCGGCGAAAGCGAUAUGGAUUCGGAAGUUAGCGAAGAAAUGUAAACCAAAUCGACACAUAGAAUAGCCAAUAAUUUUUAUUAUCGUUCAAUUUUCGAUGUUUGUUCAAAAAAUUAUAGUAGAUGUUCUAGUGAAUUGAAAACAAACAAAAAAAAAAGACUCGAACUUCAUGUCAUUCAGUAGAUCAAGUUAUGUUUACAAAAUUAGUAGACACUUAGCCAGUUCCAAAUUAUUAUUACAAUUAGAGAAGAAAUCAAAACAACAAAAACAUUCACCAUUCAAACUAAAACUUGAAGAAAAAAAUAUAGACAAAUUCCAAUUUUGCUUAAUAGAUCAAUUUGCUGAGCCAUAAAAAAAUGAAAAUAGGAUUUAGUUUUAGUUUGAUAAUAAUUUGAACGGUAGCAGCAUAUGCGAAAAAUACUAACUGACUAUUUUAGGGAAAAUUGGCAAAGUAAGAUUAUACCCAACCAAGAUAGAUAACUUAAGCUAAAAUUUCGACUAUUAUUCAAUUGGUCCCGAAAUAAUUGAGUGGUCAAUGUCUGCCAAGCGACCAUAGUCGACUUUUUUACGUACGAAAUUACAAAAUUGAUGGAUUUUGUUUUCCAUAUGGGACUGCCAAUUUUCUUUCAUUUGCAAAAUUGCCUUAUUGUAAUAUCAAAAAUUCUCAUUAUUUACUGAAAGUAAUCCAACAUUGCACAUCACUACCAUAAUUAAAAUGUUAUUAUCGAAUAAUAACAAACGGAAUUAAUUUUCCCAAUCAAUCUAAAGCGAUCGCAAGUAUCAUUUAGAUUUUUUAACCAAUCUCAUAUAACCAAUUUACAUAUAACAUACGAUCUCCUGAAAUAUUAUAUUUCCAUAAAAAAAAUCCAAACCUAUUUAAAAAAAAGUAUAGAAUCGAAUAUAUAUGUAUGUAUGGAAUAGGAGAAAAACAGAGGUUACUUAUUUUUUAUUGAAUUUGUUCAAGUCCUCUCUAAACAAACGAAAUUCAUUUUGUACGAAUUUAUGAUUCGAAUUUGAUUUCUAAUCAAUCUUUAAAUUAAAAAUGAAUUUCUUCAUGUUUAAAUAUUGAAAAAAAAAAAACCAUGAACCAAAAGAAUUAGAAACA